AGUCCCUUGGGCGAAUUGACUGCACACGCGACUCGCGUCUCUCAAGCCCAAUCUUUUUAGUUCCUUAAAAAAAACCCAAACUACCACAACCACCACAAUGUCAUCCGAGGAGGAAUACAGCAGCGAGGAGGAGUCAUCGGAGGAGGAGGAGGACCCAGCGGCCAAGGCAAAAGCGGCCGAGGUACUUGCUAGACAACGAGCUUUGGAAGAAGCAAAGAAGAAGCAGGAGGAGAUUGAGAAGAAGAAGGCCGAGGUGCGCAAGCGCCUCGAGGAGCAGUCUGCUAAGAAACAGAAGAAGGGUUUCAUGACCCCUGAGCGUAAGAAGAAGCUCAGACUUUUGCUCCGUAAGAAGGCCGCUGAGGAACUGAAGAAGGAACAGGAGAGGAAGGCCGCUGAGAGACGUAAGAUUAUUGACGAACGUUGCGGUCAGCCCAAGAAUCUUGAUGGUGCAAAUGAAGAAACCCUUCGUGCUAUUGUUAAAGAGUACUACGAUCAUAUCGCUGCUGUUGAGAGUGAUAAAUAUGAUAUCGAGAUGGAGACCAUAAGGAAGGAUUACGAGAUCAACGAACUCAAUAUCCAGGUCAACGAUCUUCGUGGCAAAUUCAUUAAGCCAACCCUGAAGAAGGUAUCCAAGUAUGAGAACAAGUUCGCCAAGCUCCAGAAGAAGGCCGCUGAGUUCAACUUCAGGAAUCAGCUCAAGACUGUCAAGAAGAAGGAAUUCGAGCUCGAGGACGACAAGGGCGCGACCAAACCCGACUGGGCGGCAGGAGGCCCCGGAGCCGCUAAGAAGGAGGGGGAAGAGGGCGGAGGACCGGCCGAGGGUGACGCCCCUGCAGAAGAAGGUAAAGAAGGUGCCCCUACAGACGCUGCUCCAGCAGAGGGCGUGCCAGCAGAGGGGGCUCCUCCUGCUGAAGCACCUCCUGCUGAAGCCCCGCCUGCUGCUGAAGGAGAAGCUCCUCCUCCUCCUCCAGCUGAGGGGCAACCAGCUGAAGGUUCUGCCGAGGCUCCACCUCCAGCUGAGGGAGGCGACGCUCCUGCUCCUCCUCCCUCUACUGAAGGAGGACCUCCGGCGGAAGCUCCCGCUGAGGCUCCUGCAGAGGCUCCGGCGGAGGCUCCAGCGGAGGCUCCCCCCUCUGAGGCUGCCCCUGCUGCUGCUGCCGAAGGCGAAGCCGCCCCUCCUCCAGCUGAGAGCUAAGAAGCAGACGACGCCGAGGAAGCCACUGCGUAAAAAGUGUUUCCAUCAACUGCCGUGGGAAAGAAGGAGAAGAGGAAGAGGAGAUGGAUUAACAGCAGCGGGAGUGACCGGAGUAGGAGGGGGAGGAGGAGGAGUGGGAGUAGGUAGUAGUAGUCGUGGUGGUGAAGGCGUCGUACGCUUCUCUCUUCGUCUUCUUCGUCUGAGGAGUCUUCGUCUGCGUCCAAGUCUUCGUAGUCGUUUUAUCUUUCUUCUUCUUCAUCGGCGUCGUCGUCGUCGCUGCCGCACUCUCAGUUGCAGUCGUCGUCUGGAUGUAUGGCAGUUGUCGUCGCCGCCGCCGUCGUCCUAUGUCUUUCUGUUUCUCGUGUCGCCAAAGUGUAUUCUUAAUUCAUUCUCAUGUAAGAUUAACGCUAUUCUACGCACCCUGAUCUCGCAACGCCGCCGACGUGAUGAUGAUGAUCUACGAUCGACGAGAGCUCGUCUCUCUUACGCUAGAAAGAUUCAAGAACAACAACAACAACAACAACAUGAACAAGAAACAAAUCAACCACAGAUGAUGAUGAGAAGGACUAAAAAUUCGUUCAAGAACACCAUGAGCGAGAAAGAGGAUCAGGUGUACAGGGAUCGAUCGGUGUCAUCCGAAAACUUAUGGAUUCACGAAACACGUCUCGGCAAAAACAAAAACAAAAACAAAGCACAACAACAACAACGUCAACAAAAACACAAACAUCAUCAACGUGGAGUCCUGAAGAGGCUCUGGACUGACUGUGAACAUCAUUAUAAAAGCUUCAACAGUAAACGUAAUAAAUUUGUAUUACUAAUACAC